CCCUCCGCCAACCGCACCAAUGGCGCGGAAGAACAGAGGCAAGAAGACCAAAUCCAGAAAAACCCCACCUUUCUCCACCCCGUUUCCUCCCCCACCGCCGAUGGAGCCACAGGCCAAGGCGGCGAAGGCUUCGAUCGAUGUCCUCGCCGACUUCGACAUCUGCAGCAUUCUCCGCCGUCUCUCCCUCGCCGACCUCCUCCGUGCCGCCCUCGCCUGCCACCGCUGGCGCCGCCUGGCCGCCGGCUGCCUCCCUCGCGCCCCUCCUCUCCUCGGCUACUUCUUCCACCCAACCGAGACCCCUCCCCCGCCCCCCCUCCCGUAUACCAAGAACGUCGACACCCCCGCCGUGUUCGUUCCCCUCGACGCCUCCUCCCCUCGCCUCUCCCUCGAUUUCGCUCCGGACGCCUUCCGCUUCUUCCUCUUCGACUCGCAUCAAGGCCUCCUGCUUUUCGAGCCGGCCGACGAGUUUCCCAAGAAGAUGAUCCCCCGCUUCCUCGUCCUCGACCCGUCCACCCGCCGCCGCAUCCUCCUCCCGCCCCCGCCGCGCGACACGGUGCCCGAUGACCGCCGCUGGCGCAACUCAAGGUACUACGUCGGCUGCGCGCUGCUCUCCCGCGCUCGCCCGGGAAAGCUCUGCUUCGAGGUUGUCUGCUUCGCCAUCGACGGCGGCCACCCUCGCGCCUGGGUGGCGUCCGUCGACAACGGCGACUGCAGCUGGCGCGCGCUCCCGCGGGACGAGGAGGUCGUGGUCGAGUUCGAUCCCUAUUGGUUCGAGGGACGCUGCGUGCACGCCAGCGGCAAGAUCUACUGGCACAUCUGCAACUCUUGGCGCCUGCUCGUGCUGGACCCUGCCACACUCAAGUUCUCCUGCCUGCUGGUGCCGGACGCUAUGUCAUGCGGAUCCUGCAAGUACCGCAUCGGGGAGACGCCGGACGGGCGGCUUUGCUUGGUGACCGACGGCGAGAAACAGCUGCAGCUCUGGGUGCGCGGGGAGGGCAGGUCGAGUGACAACGGUUGGCUUCUGGAGAGGAGGAUCGUGGAUUUGAGCGUGGUGUGCGACAUGGUUCCUGGCCUGCACAGGGACACGAAGAUGAGGACCCUUAGGGUCUGGCCCAGCGACAUGGACGCCGGUCGCACAGGGAAGGUGUUCAUCAAGACCUGGGGAUACGGGUACUACUCGUUCGAUAUGGACACCGGCAAGAUGGAGAGCCUGUGGACGAAAGGUGGCAAGGAAUAUGGGCACCCCAUGUUCGCCUACUUCCUGGCAUGGCCGCCUGCGUUCCUCGCUCCAGAGAACUGACUUCGGUAAUUUAGAAGAGGAAUAAUUGAUGAUAACCCCCCCAGUUCAUGUCACUUUGAUCAUAACCCCCCCUUUGUGUCACUGACAUGUGGGGUCUGGUCCCACAUGUCAGUGACACAAAGGGGUGUGUAUAAUACCAUGAGUAAGUGCAUUAGCUCUGAAGUAGGCUAGUACAACUUGGAGGCACCAAUGUUCAUCCUUUCCAGAGUAUCAGGUUAUGAACUUAUGAUCACAGGUCUUGUUGGCUGUAGCUUUGGGAGUUCUUCUUGCAAGUAAUUAAGUCUGUUUUACAAGUUAUAUGAUCACAAGUCUUGUUGACUGUAGACUAUACAUUAUAGCUGGUAUAAGAGAUACUGUAUGACACACUUGAUACUUCCCUAAUUCCUGCUGUAUAGUCUCUAGUCUAUC